AUGAGACUGCGGUCGAACCACGUUCUUCCGCCAAUUUCGGAGUACGUCCCACGCCGCCGCCGCCAGACGCGGAGUGCAUCCGCACAGGCUGGGACCGAAGCCGCCCCCGAAGUCGCCGCCGAGACGGCGACUGAGACUGCGCCAGAGGUUGCGCAGGAGACUGCGCAGGAUACUGCGCUAGAGACUGUGCCAGAGGCACAGCCUGCUGAAGAGGAGCCCGCUCCAAAGCGGAAGCCAGCCAAGAGAGCUGGCCGGAAGAAGAAGGCUGCGCGAAAGGGCAAGAAGCCCGCGGCUUCCACCACGGUGGCUGAAGCCGCCGAACCCCAGGAAGCGUCCCCUGCGCUCCUUCCAUCCGUGGAGCAACCUGAUACCCGUACGUUGACCCCAAAGCCCACCACGGGUCCCCGUCCCCGGCGCAUGUUCAAUAGACGAGGCACUUCCCGGGCCUUUCGAUAUGGCAGUGCUACCGAACUCCUACAAACGGAGCCUUCCUAUCGUCGUUGCUCUCCCCCACGGACACCCUUGAAGGCGUAUGCCUGGCCGCCUGGAGUAACUUACAACAAGAAUGAACGCAUCCCCUGGUCUCUUCCCUGGACCCCACCACCUCCUGAGAGAGCCUGGCCACAUUACCGCUCAUUGGAAUUCAGUACCCACGAUGAACCCGAGCUGACCGAUACGGAAGACCCACCCUCUAGGAAACGGAACCGAUCGUCCCAAGAGGACCCCUCGCCGUCGAAACGUCACAAGUCAACGCCUCAAACCCCACCCGGCUUCGAAAACCGUCCUCGUGGCAGCUCUCGCAGGACGUAUGCGGAUCGCGCCCGGCGACGCGAAGCAGAAAGGGAUGGACGUAUCGACCGCACCAUUUACCGUUUCCCCCAGCUUUUGGCUCAGCAAGGUGAAGAUGCGAGGUCUGACAAUCCGAGCCCUCCUGCCUCUCAUGCAAGCGAAGAGGCCGCGCCCCGUGGUAAUCGUAUUGUUCCGUUCUCUUCAUUGCCUUCUGCACUCCCACAGAAUCAAAAUCAGAACCAGAAUCGACCUGGCUGGCGACAAUGGAUAUUCAACUCAGUGACUGGUCUUUGGCGACGAGACAAUGCGCCCCAAAAUGCAGAUACCCCUCAAGUGGCCGAGCCUGAACAUCCAAUGUCAAAUGAAUCUUCAUCUCCAGUCGCAACACCUUCAUCCGCUCCACCAUCCUCCUCCCUUGUGCCACAAAGAAAUCUCCAAACCCCCACCCCGCGCCAGCGUAUUGCGGCGUCGCGAUCCUCAGACGCGCGUUUGACAGCUAGCGCACGCGCUCCAGAGAUCGCUAAAAGAAAAAAAUAUUCCUAUGAUUUGGACCCACCCGGAUUCGACCCAGAGCUGCUGGCGCGCAUGCGUGCUGGAUGGAGAAGUCCAGAGCGUCUCCGACCUGUGACUUCAGACGAAGAAGUACGUGAGCUCUGGGAGAACGAAUACAAACGGCGACAGAAUGAAGAGAAACAGCGGGAGAACGAAGACAGAAAGCGCAAGCGAUCACCCGAUGUCAUUCCCCACCCUCCAGGAUGUAGUUACGGGUUUGAUCCAGAUUAUUUCGUCUUCGACGAGGACGAUGAGGACGAUGAUUUGCCCACCGUCGAGCACAGACGUCAGGGUACCAAAGGCAAACAAGCUACAGUCAGCGAUGCACCGGAAGAGGAACAUGUCUCGAAGCGUGCGCGCUUUGACAAUACUCACAUGGAAAAUGCACCGGAAGUGGAGCAUGUCCCCGAGCCUGUGCACUCUAGCAAUGCCAACCUGGAAAACUACAAGGCAAAUGCACCACUACCUGAGAAUACCGCCGAAGAACUUCGCAAGGCUCGUGAUCAGGCCGAACAGUACAAGCCUAAGACUCCCAGUCGUCUUCGAGCCGCCCACCACUUCUCUAGCAGCUGCAGCGAUUAUUACCCUGAGGAGGAGACCAUGCGUCGCCUCAAGAUGAGGAAGAUCUCACUCGCAAAGGCCUGCCCUACCGGUGAUUUGAGCAACAUUAUCUGGCCUGAGACCGAACCAUGGAUCGACCGCUUCGAUUGGAACAUGCGCGGUCUUAAGAAGACCAUCAGCCUUUCAUAUCCUCUCUUCAAAGAUGAGCUUCACAGAAACUAUGAUGAAUUGUUUACGCAGAGGCUUGCUGAGAGGCGUGCCGAGAAGCGUGCUCGGCGCUGA